CGCGAUCGCGGGGAAGCGACUUUGUGACGAAUUUUGUUUUGAUAAUGGAGAUUACGAAGAAGAACCAUUUUGAUCGAUAUUUAUUUCCCGUUUAAAUCACAAGAUAUUUAUAUUUUUUAAAAGAAAGGCAUUAAAAAUGGACUAUUCUUGCCAUUCGAACACCAAAGAGGUGGAAGUGAAGGAGUGCAAAGAUGAGCACAAACCAGAAGAAAAGGCUUACGUUGAACCAACGGGGAACAACAACAAAAUGGUGUUCAAAAUGCCACUAAUUAUUGACAGGAAUAAGUUAUUAAAGCAUAACGUUUUAGACAAAGAACAACCACUCAAUAUGACCAAACAGAAUUUGGACGAAGCGGAAAAAGAAUCCAAUGAUUCAAUGGAAGUAAAAGAAAAUAAAAAGACCGAAUUACCUUACGUCGAACCUUCAUGGGGUGGAAAGCCAAAGGAAUCUUACGCUUUCGAGGUGCUGAAAAAUGGCAUCAUAGUAUCUACCGUAGACGUAUCCGAUAGAUCUUACACCGUUUUUGGUAGAUUGACUAGCAGUGAUAUUACUCUGGAACAUCCAUCCGUUUCCAGAUAUCACGCCGUCUUGCAAUUUAGAUUAGAAUCGAGUGAGGAGAAUCCCAAAGGUUUUUACAUUUAUGAUUUGGAAAGUACCCAUGGAACAUUUUUAAACAAAGAGAGAUUACGACCAAGGACUUACUACAGAAUGCAUGUUGGCCACAUGCUUAAGUUUGGUGGAAGUAGCAGAAUGUUUAUUUUACAGGGACCAUCAGAAGAUGAAGAAAAUGAAUCUGAAUAUACUGUAACAGAAAUAAAGGAAAUGAGAAGACAGCAGGAAGAAAAAUUGAAAAUGUUAGAGGAGAAAGAGAAGUGUAAAGAAGAAGAAUCUCAUGAAAGCGAAGGAAUUGAUUGGGGUCUUGGUGAGGAUGCGGAAGAAGAUGCUUCUACAGAAAAUCCGUUUGCUUUAUCAACACCGAAUGAAGAUUUAUAUCUUGAUGAUCCGAAGAAAACUUUGCGAGGAUGGUUUGAAAGAGAAGGUUACGAUCUUGAAUAUGAUGUAGAAGAAAAGGGAUUUGGACAGUUUACAUGUAAAAUACAAUUGCCAAUUGAUACUCCUAAUGGGGAAUAUGUAUAUGCCGAAGCUUCUGUUCGAGGUAAAAAGAAAGAAGCUGUUGCUGCUUGUGCUCUAGAAGCUUGUCGAAUUUUAGAUCGUUACGGACUUCUUCGACAGGCCCAGCAUGAAAGCCGCAAAAGAAAACGUAAGAAUUGGGAAGAAAAUGACUUUUAUGACAGCGACGAAGACACUUUCUUUGAUCGAACGGGGACUAUUGAGAAGAAAAGGGAUAUUAGAAAGCGCAUGUAUAGCAAAGAGCAAACUGUCGAAACUUAUGAGACAUUGGUUCAAAAAUUACAAGAAGUUGAUAAAGAAAUAGAAGAAAUUAGUCAAAAAUUACAGACAAGUAAAUUAGCUGAGAAGAACCUAGUUGCUCAGAAUUCAGAAGAUGAUUUAGACAGUUACAUGUCUUCAAUCCAGUCGGGAUUAAUAGAUAAAAAGAUGCAGUCAAAACUACAGAUUCAAUUAAACCAACUUCAACAAGAACAAAGUAGAUUGCAAAAGUUGGUAGAUAUUGCUCGACCGGUAAAUCUGCCAGCUCUAGAAAAGCAGAUACCCGUAUCAACAAAUGAGAAAAGUAUGAGUGAUAAGAAAACACAUUUACCAAUGACUGGAGCUAUGAAAGGUCAUUCUUCCAAAAAAACACAAAAAAUGCAACAGACCACCCAGGUUCCAACCCAAAUAAAAGGAAUGAGUAAUAAGGAUGAAGAAGAAGAGGAGGAGGAGGAGGAUGAUGAUGAUUAUGAUGCUAUUGAAGCAAAUCCAGCAAAGGCAUCUUCAAAUAUAGAAGAAAUGCAAACUGAUACUAAAGAAAUAGUUGAUACAAAUGCUGAGAGUUCCAAAAGUGUGUUAGAACAAAAAGAAGAAUCUAAGAAAGUAGAAAAAGAAUUGCUCAAUAAUAAACAGAAAGCUCCAAUUAAAGGACCUUUAUGGCCUCCACCUGAAAAUUUGUGCGUAAGACAGUCGAAAAAAGAAAAAGAAGAAAGUAAGAAAAACAGUAAGAAAAAUGAGAAAGACGGAUCGUCUUACGAGGAUGCAGCUUCUAAAUAUGCCAUGUGGUUGCCGCCGACAGAUCAGUCUGGUGAUGGAAGAACACAUUUGAAUGAGAAGUUUGGCUAUUAAAUUCAUCCGAAAAACUUUUAUUUCAUGUGAGAAUAAAUUAAUAAAUCAUACCCAUGUAUCAUAUAAUUAUAUAAACAUUAAAUAAAC